UUGACAUUAGUUCUAGAUUUUGUAUUUUUAAAUCAAUUUAAUUCUGACUCUCUUGACUUGACUUUGACUACUUUUGAAAGUGUAGAAACACAGGAAGAUCCCAAUGAUGUGACGUACCAGCCUCCACAUAUAAUUUCUGAAGGUGAUAAAAGAAAUAUUACACUAAGACCUAGAAGGAAAUGGAAUGAAGAAGCAAAUUUUAUUGAGUUUGAUGUACCUACGACAUAUGAAGAAGCUAUAAACUAUAAAAAUAGUAAUAAAUGGAAGGAAGCUAUAAGUGAAGAAUUACAGUCAUUAAAAGAAAAUAAAACCUGGAAAAAAUCUAAUACAGGAUAUAUUUUUAUGAUGAAUGGUGGGCCUGUUUCUUGGGCUAGCAGGAAGCAAAAUACUGUGGCAUUAUCAACUACAGACUCAGAGUAUAUGGCUGCAAGUGAGGCUGUCAAAGAAAUUUUAUGGCUUCGGCAGUUAUUAAUUUAUAUUGAUGAACCACAAUUGGUGAUAAGUCUAUGUAUAGAUAAUCAGAGUGCUAUUAAACUCAUUCAUAAUCCUAUUUACCACAAAAGAACAAAGCACAUAGACAUAAGAUAUAAUUUCAUCGGAGAAAAUGUAGAACAAAAUGUAAUAAAUGUUCAAUAUGUGAAAAGUUCACAUCAACUUGCAGAUUUUUUAACAAAAGCUUUACCUUCUGGUAAAUUUAUUCUUAACAGAGAUCAAGUACUGAAUAUAAACUGCGGUUUUAGGUCUUUGGGAGCUUAUGACGACAACAUAACCCAGUGGACAGUUGAUGACAAUAAUAUUUCAAGGUCCAUAAGGGGAUAA